GGACUCAGUGUAAGACGAUGGACGAUGGAUGAAUAAUUAAAUAAGAGCGAGGCUAGCUGCUUCCAGCCUUUUAUGCCGAGCUACGCUAAUCUCCUCCUGGCUCCAACUUCAUCCUUGACACCUACAGACCGGAAGGUGUGUGUGUGGCGUCAGCAGCGUAAAGGAUGUCUGUGACUCUCACCAAAGAGAAGGAGGUGACCGUCAUCACCAUAAAGGCCGACAACAAGAGCCUGUUUCCACCGCUGUGGCAAAUCCUGAGGGCUCUGUGCACCAGUGCCGUGUGCUGCUCUGUGAACCACGAGCUGAUGAAACCCUCCGUCUCUGCGAUUCUUGGGACGAUCCAGAUCAUGUCGGGCAUGUUCAACAUGGCGCUCGGGCCGGGACGACCUUCCCUACACCCUUUGGAUCUGACAGAUAUUGGUGCUUCUUACUGGCUGGGUGUUUUGUACGCUGCAGCUGGAAUCACGUCCAUUUUGGCCGGACAGUACCCUUCUCCAUGCCUGGCGAUCUUCACCGUGAUCAUGAACAUGGUUGGUGCAGUGUUUGCCUUCACUGGCAUUGUGCUGUACAGCAUCGAACUUCAAGACAUCUACAUGGGCCGAGUGUGGGGCUGGUCCCAUUAUGAUCGUCACAGCUUCAGUUUACAGAGUUUAUUGGUGAAUGCUGAAGCUGUGUCCGUCCUGCUGGCCGUUCUCCAGCUGUGUGUGUGUAUUGGUGUUGCUGUUGUCGGCAUCAAGGCCGUGAUCGUAAUGAAGAAGAAAGAGGCUGGAGAACGUGUUGGACAUCAGCAGCCGGAGUUGCAGGAUAUGCUCCUGUCAGGUUCCUGUGCUUAGAAUCCAUCCUCCAAUCAAACCACAGAUCCCGUAGCUUUCCUCCUUUAUAGAUGUAGAUCUGCAGGUUUGUUAAAGUUUUGUUGGGCGAAGGCAGAAACAUUUUCAGGUUAAUAAAUCAUGGUUCUGGUUCAUGCAAGUGUUUAAUUAACGGUUUAUGGGGCUGGGGCUCAUUCUUUUUUGGUGGGGUCUCAUUCAUUUCAAUCCAACACCUUACAUAUCUAAUACAACAUCACAACACUAGAUUUGAUUUCAGCUGAUAUUAAAACGUUUUCAAUGUUUGUUUUUUCAAUGAGCCUUAGAUUUAGUUUUAAAGUAGAUUUAAACUGCUGUGUACACAAUACAAUUCAAAGAACACA